AUGUUUUCCUUUCGCUCCAACUUCUUCUCAAACCUCCUAUCUGGUGGCUAUGGAUCCGCUCUCAAACUCGACUUGCCCCCUGUCGAGUCGAUCGACAUUGAAGAAACCCCCGAGAAACGAGCUCGAACACUCAAGCACCUGAUCAAGGCCAAUCACAUCAACCACUCCAUCAUCUACCACCACCUCGAGUUCCACAACCACGCACCCCACAUUCUGGGUUCCGCCUACUUCCUCGGUGCCAAUGUCGACCAAUUAAUGGACAUUUAUGAGAAAGAGUCCAAAGAUCUCGAACCAUGGCAAGAUUCACCCUCGGAAAUUUCAAGACAUGACUGGCGUGACUACCUGGGAAAGAGAGAGUACCAGCGUGCAUGGGUAGACUUUCUCGAGGACCAGCUUGUCCAAUUUGGCUAUGAUUGGCGAGAGCUUCUCGACGACUUCCUGUACUCUGGCAAGCAGCCUCUAAUCAACAAUCUGAUUGCUGGCCUCGCACACCCUCUCAUUCACCUCGGUUUCGCCCUUGAACUCGCCUCUCCAACCGUCGCCAUCGAAUCGCUGGCUCUAGUUGCCUCAUUCUACAAUCACCAGCAUGUCUACCUCGAUGAUCCGUCGUACACCAAGCCUUCGCCCUGGUCCUCACAAGAUCCUUUUGAAGUCAUUCAAAAAGUGCAUCAAGAUUCUCGGCUCGAUUCCUUCUUCGAAAAGCCUGGAGAAGACAACUAUAGCCCUCUGACCGAGGACAAAGAGAAGGAGGCUAUUCUGCUCGAGCACUGGAAUAGCUGGACCAUCAAGAACCCUAAGUCUCAAUUCGAAGCUGCUCAACGUGCCGCUGUCGCUUUGGUAGUCGGUACACACGAGAAGGGCCAGAAGUUUGACUUCUUCCUCGUUCACAUCCUUACCAGCUCACACGCUGUCCGCGUUAUCGCUCCCUUGAUUCGUGCCACAUAUCACCUUCCUCUGUUAAGACAAUGGUGGCUGUUCUUGCUGACUGCUUACAUUGGUCAACUUCGUCCAGCCAUUGACAAGAGCAGAAUCACAAAUGUUGAUCUCGUAGGGAGAGACUGGAAAUGGGUAGCCGACCGAGCUGUCAACGGUAAGUGGGCACAAGACGCUCACUUUGUGAAAGCCUGUCGCUCAAUGCAAGAAGCCGCCAAAACUUGGGGCGACGAAGAUCAAUAUUUCUUGAAGGCUGCUGUCAAGUUGUCUGAGGAGUUCAGUGGUUGGGGCGGAUUCAGUGCCUCGUCAGAAGAUGAGGCAGAAGCCACGGCAUCAAAUAUUGGCUUUGCUGCAAGACAUCAUGGUUGA